AUGAGGACCAAAUCUCUUCUGGCGCCAAUCUGGUUAUUGGUGGCAGUUCUGGUGGUAACGAGUGAAUCCCGCAAAAGAAGGCACAAAGCUUCACUUAAAUUCAAAGACUGUGGUGUCGAUCCCUCCCGACCGCUUCACUUCCACCACGUUGAUGCCCACCCCAUGCCUAUCGUUAUCCCUGGCACAUUGCACGUUAACCUUAAGGGGAACAUUACCCACGCCCUGCCACGCCGCAUCAACGUCGACCUCAGCGUCAGAAAAUAUAUUUUCGGGUUUCCAUUUAUCAUUCCUUGUAUCAAUGGCAAAGUUGGUUCAUGUACAUAUGAAAACAUCUGCCAAUAUCUGGAGCGGUUUGAAGCGUACGGCUGCCCCCGGGUACUCGUCAAGCAGCGUAUACCCUGCCAUUGCCCUUUUCGGGAGGGCAAAUACAGCGUCAGAAACCUGGCUAUCAACUUACCCAAAGUUGUUGGCUUCGCCGCCAUGUUUAUUCACACAAAUCAAGAACCAUGCUCGAGCAAUUCUGCAAAUUUGAAGGAACCAAAAAGUUGUUUCACAUGCGACGACCCAAAAGUAGCCAAAGCCUGUAAAAAGUUUAAGGGGGAAUACGAAAUACGAGCCAGGGUGUUAAGCGAUGGAGGCAAAGAACUUGGCUGUCUCGAACUGAGAUUCACAAUGAAAAGACGACAUCGAGGCUGGUUCUUUAAAAUUUGAAGGCGGGAAAAAUAAGAUAAACGUGUCCGAUGACGUCACUUCUGACGUCUCCUUAAUGUACGGGUCAGGAAGAGAGAAUUCCAAGAAAACAGAAUGAACAUUAUUUUGAGUGGAAAGAAGAGAAAAUGUGCGAUGUAAAUGUUACUAUUCUAUAUUAGUUCAGAUAAGUAUUACGUAUUGUCGUUAUUACUCCACGGAUUAUGGAGUUGUAUUUUCUGUGCAUUUCCAUAUUUGGAUGGGAGUGUGGUAAUUGGGACGCGGAGGGUGAAACUGAUGCUUGUUUUAAUGCACUGAGGCCGAAUGCGAACAACAAUAUUGUUCAGACGAAGGAUGGGACUUAAGACGCUCUGACCUCAUGUAAUCCCCACCCUGAAAGGGAGGGGAGAGGAGACGGGUACUUAUUUGUUUUCGCUUAUCCGGCUUGAUGUAGUUCAUGCACUUCCACUUUCUGUUGAUUGAUAUUGUUGAUGUUUGGCCUUUCCUUGUAUUAUUCUGCUACCAUUUGCUAUAUGUGCUGUAAUUUAUUGAGAAACGCAAUCUUUGGUUGUUGAUGUUUUAUUUAUUUCUCUGCGAGAUACUUAUCAUGCGCUAUACUCUAUACCGAGAAGACAGACACAGGAUAUGAACUUUGUAACUAGAUAAUUGCCGCGUAUUUCCUGGGCUAAGUAAUUAUUUAAGUUAAACUGAGUUUGUGAAGCUGAGCCUCUAACACCACUUAUGUAGUUACCAUUCAAUUCACAUUGGGGAAUCGUCACAUGACCGAAAACUUGUUGACUACAACGUUAAACCACCAGCAUACAUACAAUGGGGAAUGUACAUACAUCUACGAUCUUGGCUGUCGCCAUAUUCAAAUGGUUUCAGUGAAAAUCAGGCGUAUACAAACAGGAUAUUGAUUGUCCUCAGUUAACGUAUAGUCAGAGAUGAAUGGCAAUCUGUCAAACUAUCUUUGCAAAGAAGACCUUGAUUUCUCCUCAGACAAUGAAACGUACGCAACAUGAUUGGAAGGUUGUCAGACAAUGUUUGAAAAACGAUGGAGGAGACAUUGGAUUGUCUGCAGUCGAAGGAAUGAAGGCAACGUUCAACACAGAUGGGAAAAUCGUCACUCAGCCAUUGUUAGCAAAAGAUGCGAUCAAACUUAUACGAACUGGUCUCUAUGCACGUGCAAUACGACAAGAUGGGAUGGUCAUUUGUAUAAGUAAAGUUGUCAAACCAAUGUUUGCCAAAUAACCAACCUUUGGCAACCAAAGCCAGACACGGGACGGAAAUUCUGGAUCGAAACCGAGGCGUGAUAGUUGUCAGACAACGUUAAGUGAUACAACCAAGCAAUUGUGUUCCCAGUGAGAACGCAAAUGUCUUUUCCCGCCACGUAUACUAUCUAUACAGGACCAGUUUGCUGAAUGGAAUUGUUGUAAUUUUUCCCAAACACAACAACUCUUGUGAAGUCUGUUUAAUGCGUUGUUCAUUCUUGUAAUGAUUCUCUUUUCUUAGCCAUAUACAAGACGACUCCGCGUUUUACCACUACGAUCGUUCAUUGAGUAGUAUGCCUUCGUUCUGGCGUCUGGCGACGUGUCUUCCUUUGCGAAGUAGAAUAACGAUAUCACUGGUGCAAAUGACAAUUAAUUGCCCAGUGCGGAAGCAUCGCACGGCGCCAUCCUAGCGAUAAAGUGUGUAGAUUCUACACUUGAAGAAAUA